CGAGUCGAAAAGGAAAACCAAAUUCUUCCGCCGCCCGCGGAGGAGAGUAGCCAUUUUCAUUUUUCUGACACUUAAUUAAAAACUGUAACCCAAACGCAAGAAAUUAACCUUUGCCGCCAAAAUCAAUUGCUGAGCUUAACCCAAGUAAGCGAAAAUGAAAGAAAUCGUGACUGUCCAGGUUGGCGAUUUCGCAAACUUCGUUGGUUCUCACUUCUGGAACUUUCAGGAUGAGUUGCUCGGGCUGGCUGGGGAUCCCUCUGCUGAUUCAGUGUUCAAGAAUCAGGAUCUUAACAUGGACGUGCUUUAUCGUACUGGUGAGACACAGCAGGGCAUUCCUUCGUAUACUCCUCGCUUGGUUUCAAUAAACUUGAGAGGAUCCCUUGGAUCUAUGAAUUCACAUGGUACACUGUAUACGGAAGUUGCUUCCACAUCACGAGAUGUUGUCACCUGGACUGGUAGAGUUUCCACUCAAGCCUCUGAACCUUUAAAAAGAAAUUUGUUCCUUCAAAGACUUUAUGAAGAAGAGGAAAAGCCGAAUAUAAAUGAGAUACCUGGUUCAAAUAAUGAUUCCCAGAAUGAGUACGAGGAUAAGGAUGUAGUUGAGUGCCUUGAAAAUGGUGUAAAGUUUUGGACAGACUACUCAAAAGUACAUUAUCACCCCCGGAGUCUUUAUGAAUUAGAUGGAGUUUGGGCAAACAUUGAGGAGUUUAACAAUUAUGGAAUUGGAAGGGACUCCUUUACUUGGGCUGCCCAAGGGGAAGAAAUCAGUGACAGGCUUCGCUUUUUUGUUGAAGAGUGUGACCAUAUACAGGGAUUUCAAUUUAUAGUUGAUGACUCUGGAGGUUUCUCUGCUAUCGCCGCUGAAUUUUUAGAGAACAUUGUAGACGAGUAUACUAACAUUCCUGUCUUACUGUAUGCUGUCCAAGGUUCUGGUUCACACACAAAUCUUCAGAGUAGGAAGCGUACAGUCUCAGAGGUUCUUCAUGAUUCUAUAUCAUUUUCAAGAUUGUCAACAUACAGUAAACUUAUUGUACCUGUUGGUCUGCCCUCCUUAAGUAAAAGUAAAGCUUCAAGAUUCCUCCACAUUGAAGAUGCAAAGCAUUUCCACUCAAGUGCAAUUUAUGCGGCAGCAUUACACUCCAUUAGUCUACCUUUUCGAAUGGUUCCAGUUGGGCCUACUGCAGAUGCUUGUUCUAUUUCUGGUGCUGUGGAUAUUCAUGGAGUUGUACAAAUGUUAUCAGGACAAGGAAGGCAGAAUAUGGUGUCAGUUCUUGAUGUUGCCAUGCCUGCACCAGCCUUAACUGGGGGGCAGAAUGACCUGUCUCUGUUAGAGGUUUUACAGCCAUUGACCCCACAAAUAGCCGAUGAUGUUGAAGACAUGCUGGCUAUUGAACACAUGACAGUCCAUGGAGCUCUUGCAUCAGAAGGUCAUCGCGCUUCAGUUACUGAGGUCAAGGAUAAAGUUGAUGGUGCUUUUAGAUGUGCCAGUACAAGGCCAAUGUUCUGCCAUCUAUCUGUUGCACUUUGUCCCUUGCCUAUCCCCUUGCCUUUUCCAUCAAUAUUUGGGAACAAUGUAGGCAAGCAAGGUGAAUUAAUAGGUGGUCAAACUAUUAAUUCAUCACCGAAAGGAUCCCUUGAGGUACAUUCCGUUCCCAUGGCCGCCAGAUUACGUUCCAGCAGUGUUGUAUUACCACUCCUAGAGAAUAAACUGCAAAAUCUUCAGCGUUUUGGAAUUCAACGAGGAGCAGCUGGGUCAGAGUUACUUAGAAGUUGGGGCUUUGGCAUGGAAGAAUUGGUGGAAAUGGAAGAAAUGUUGUCUAAAAUGGCGGCGACAUUACGUCCUCCUCAGUUGACUUCAGAUUCAGAUUAGAAUAUAUAGGUUGUUCUUCACAAAAGAAGAAUCGGGUAACAUUUGUUAAGCUAUUUGUUGAUAGUAACAAAUUUGCACUGUGAUGUGUCUGACUUUUCAUGCCUGCUUGCAGCUCUCACCACCCUUGUCUUCCCUUUUACCAUAGAGUAUUUAAUGUUGUUUUUCUUGUCUUUAAUUUGGCCUAAAAGAAUGUGUUGCGGGGGAAAUGGGCAAAUUGUAGUAAAAAUAUACUUAAUAGUGGAAUGUUAGAGCAUUAAGAAAGGGAAAUGUUAGCAUUUGACUGAGGUUUCUGGUAGAAAAAGUGGAAUAGGCUUUCUGGAA